AUGGCGCUCAUCGAGAACUGGUAUCCUCCCUCGAAGGAGAACUACGACCUGGUCCUGUUCAUCUGGCAGUUCUUCCCAUUGGGCGCGUCACUGCAAUGGGCCAUCUCGUGGUACGGCAUGGGUAAGACGUCGACCAACAGCGCGCUCAACCUGCCGGGACGCAUAGCCUGGAUGACCAUGGAGUGCCCGGGCUUCAUGACCCUGCUGUACAUCAUGAACACGCUCCCCGCCCAGCACGGCAUCACGGACCUGCCGUGGCAGAACCAGGUCCUCGCGGCCCUCUUCGUCAUGCACUACAUCUACCGCGCCAUCAUCUUCCCCUGGAUCCAGCCCUCCAUGUCGCCCAUCCACCCGCUGGUCUGGGCCUUCGCCGUCGUCUUCCAGCUCCUCAACGCCACCUGCAUCGGCGGCUGGCUGGCCGCCUACGGGCCCGUCACCAAGGCGGGCUGGGACGCGCAGCUCGCGCCAUUCUCCACGCUGCAAUUCGUCGUGGGCAUCGCCGUCUUCUACGUCGGCCUGUCGGCCAACUACUUCCACGACGACGAGCUGCGUGAGAUCCGACGCCGCGAGCAGCGCCGCCAGGAGCGCCUGGCCAGGGAGCAGGGCGUCGCGGUGGGCAGCGUCGACAAGCACUACAGCAUCCCGCAGGCCGGCCUGUUCAAGAUCAUGCUGUUCCCCCACUACUUCGUCGAGUGGGUCGAGUGGACGGGCUUCUACAUCGCCUGCGGCCUCAGCUGCGUGCCUGCCCGCAUGUUCGUCAUCAACGAGAUAGCGGCUAUGCUUCCGCGGGCGGUCAAUGGGAAGAAGUGGUACGUUGAGAAGUUCGGGGAGGAGAAGAUUCGGGACAAGUGGGCUGUGAUCCCCGGGAUUUGGUGA